AUGAGGAAAUCCGAGAAAGCUCACAAACUCAGAGUGGUCCUAACAGAUUCGCAGCCUGUGCAACUGCUGCACUUUGCAUGCACAUGCAAGGCUGGAAAAGCUUUAUGCAAUCACUGUGUUGCCCUUCUGUUUCAAUCUGCUCAUUAUUCUCAAUUGAAACUCCAAGUUGUCCCCCCGAUGUUAAGCUGCACUGAAGGAGAACAACAAUGGCAUAAGCCUAGAGUUAUGGGGAUUAAGCCUGGGCCUGUUGAGAAGAUGGCUGUGCUCUCAGCCAAACCCAAAACAAAGACCACAGAGGGAGUGCGGAGCAAAUUGUACAGAGGCCUUCAUGGGGAACUUCCUGACCUUUCGGUUCUUCGGGAAACAACAGCUGCACAUGAGAAGUCUGGAGGUUAG